CAACAACAUGGCAGCGUCCUCACAGCACGUUGAGACAUCAGAGACAGAGACAGACCCGCCGGAGAUGGACAAAAUUGGACCACCAGAGACCACCACAGACCCGGACACCAGCAGAGACCCAGAGGCUAGCAGAGACUCGGACACCAACAGAGACCCGGAGGACUCGGAGCCGGCAGCGCAGGACCCGGACCCCGAUGACUCGGACUCGGACAGCGACCCCCCUCCGGGUCCGAGGGUCCGGGACACCCCGCAGGACAUCCGGCUGGAGGCGAUCGCCAACACGGUGGCCCUCCACCCGAGCCGGGACAUCCUGGUGUGCGGGGACGUGGACGGGGACGUGUACGCGUACUCGUACUCGUGCACGGAGGGCGAGACCCGCGAGCUGUGGUCCUCGGGACAUCACCUGAAGUCCUGCCGCCAGGUGCGCUUCUCCGCGGACGGCCGGAAGCUGUUCAGCGUGUCGCGCGACAAGGCCGUGCACAUGCUGGACGCGGAGCGCGGGCAGCUGGUCACCAGGAUCCGGGGGGCCCAUGGGGCCCCCAUCAACUGUCUGCUGCUGGUGGACGAGAACAUCCUGGCGACCGGAGACGACGGCGGCACCCUCAAGGUGUGGGACAUGAGGAAGGGGACGGCCAUCAUGGAUCUGAAACACCACGAGGACUACAUCAGUGACAUCACUGUGGACCAGGCCAAGAGGAUCCUUCUCACCACCAGCGGCGACGGCACCAUGGGCGUCUUCAACAUCAAGCGACGGCGCUUUGAGCUGCUGUCGGAGUACCAAAGCGGCGACCUGACCUCGGUGGCGCUGAUGAAGCGUGGCAGGAAGGUGGUGUGCGGCUCCAGCGAGGGAACCAUCUACAUCUUCAACUGGAACGGCUUCGGAGCGACCAGCGACCGCUUCGCCCUCAAGGCCGAGUCAGUGGAGUGCAUUGUCCCCGUGAGCGACAGCAUCAUGUGCACCGCCGCCAUGGACGGCUACAUCCGAGCCGUCAACCUUCUCCCCAACCGGGUCAUCGGCUGCAUCGGGCAGCACAUCGGCGAGCCCAUCGAAGAGCUCGCCAAGUCCUGGGACUCCCGCCUCCUGGUCAGCACCGCCCACGACCAGCUCAUCAAGUUCUGGGACAUUUCCAGUUUACCCAACACCACCGUCAACGAGUACCGCAAGAGGAAGAAGAAGGACGGACGGAUGAAGUCUCUCACCAAGAAAGCCCUCGGAGACAACGACUUCUUCUCCGGACUCGUGGAGGAAACGGAAAAGAAGGAAGACGAGGUCGAGGACGAAGAUGAGGAAGAAGACAGUGACAGCGACAGCGACUGAAAAACAGAUUGGAAUGUUUUGUUUCUGCGCGUUCGGACACUUCAGUCCAAAAUAGAAAGGACAGACAUGUCCGCUUUUGUUGGACGAUACACAGUGCAACCUCCAGGGUUCAUACGGUCAUGAAAAACCUGGAGAAGUCAUGGAUUUUGCAAAUGACAAUUUCCAGGCAUGGAAAAGUUUUGAAAAUAUACUCUGGAAGUUUUGGAAAAGUCAUGGAAUUUUGUUUCACAAACCUGAAAAAUGACAUGAUGCCUCCAAGGACUGAAAUGUGAAAAUCCAGCGAUAUUUAUAUAUAUAAGAUAUACUUACAGUUUCCGGCUGUGACAAAAGGUGACAUUUUCCAUGAGCUUAAAGGAAAACAUGUUUUCUUAAAAAAAAGAACAAAAUCACCAAUUUUCUUUUCUUUAAAAAAUCACCCAACAUUUUUAAAAAGAAAAAUGUCUUUAAAAUACAUUAAAGACACCGAAUCUCUGAUUUCAGCAGCGCCUGUGCCUGAUUUUAGGUUCAAGGAGACCUUGAAACAAACCGUAAUAGAUUAUUAUUAUUAUUAUUAUUAUUACAAAUGGAAACGUGAGGAGGAGUUUAUGUCCUUGCAGAAACAAAUAUACAGUGAGAUAAAAAGUGAAUAUUUGUAAGAUUACACACUUUUACCUCAGAAAUAUUCAUUCAUACUCACUGAGGAUGAACCAAAUAUAAAAACAAAUAAUCGGACACUAAAAUAAUGUAAAAGUAAUAACAGUGGUAGAGCUCUGCCUUUAUACUUUGUUGGAACAGACCAGAUGUGUCCAUUAGAGAGUACCAGCAACUGUCUGGUCAGACUGGAAAUGUUAUUCACAUAUUCUCUGAUCAGAAAUUUCCUGAUUUAAAUAUGUAAUAAUUAAAAAAAUAAUAAAAUUGCAAUUUAGGGCUAUUUUAUUUCAACACAGUUCUUG